AGGUGCAUAUCUUCCCGCCAAGAAGCUGUCAAAAUUGUCAAAAUCGGGAUAACUUUGCAGGCCCGAUCCACUGUUGUUUAUUUUUAUUAAAUCAAUCAUUGAUAUACACAUUUAUUAAUCAAAAGUACUCAGUAAAUAUGUCUAAUUCAGAAGAAAAUGAGGAAAAUUGGAUAUCGACUAUGGAUAAUCUGUGCUCUAAGUUAAACGUAGAUCCAGUUGCUGCAAAAAAAGCCAAGGAUUCAUUUUUGGAAAUAAAACGUAAUUACACUCUAGAUGGAGAAGCACUUCACUGGAUGGCAUGUGCAAUGUAUGUGGCCUGCCGCACCACCAUCACCCCCACACUAUCAGGAAAUGCUGUGGAAGGAAACUGUGUGUCAUUGACCAGGCUUUUACGAAUUUGCAACAUAAGCCUUAUACAGUUUUUUAACAAAAUAAAGAAAUGGAUGGAAAUGGCAGCCAUGUCCACAGACUUCAAAGACAGGAUAUCGCACCUGGAGCACAAAUUUGCUGUAUCUACUGUGCUGUUCAGGAAAUUUCAACCAAUCUUCCAGGAAAUCUUUUCAGGAUUAACAAAUGAACCUAUGAAAAGCAGCACUAAAAGCAAGAAGCCAAAGCUACAACCAUGCACCACAAAUGCCCUGUUUGAGUUCACAUGGUGCCUGUACAUCUGUGUUAAAGGAGAGUUCCACACCUCUGCAGAUGAUCUGGUAGACAUGUACCACAUACUGCUGUCAUGUCUAGACUUUGUAUUCGCCAAUGCCUUCAUGAGCAGAAGGAUUGACUUGAUCAAUCCGGGAUUUAAAGGUUUACCAAAUGAUUGGCUGAAAGAUGAUUUUGAAUUGCCAAAGAAGGCACCAUGCAUCAUAUCAACAUUGUGUGAAAUCAAGGAGGGACUGGCAGUGGAGGCCGCCACCAUGAAGGAGUACAGUUGGAGGCCUGUCAUCAAAACUUUUUUUGAGAAGGGGAUUUUGCAGGGCAAUGGUGAUCAGUUGACUGGUCUAUUAGAUGUAGGACUAUUUGACAUCAAUUUGAAAUCAUUAAAUAAUAAUUACGAACAUUACGUUCUCAGCGUAGGUGAAUUUGACGAAAGAAUAUUUUUAGGAGAACACGCCAAUGAACAAAUUGGUAUGAAAAAUAAAGUAUCCGGUGAUGAGAUAUCUGAAGUUAUUGCUACAUUUGGACCGAGCGGGAAGGCGUGUCCCGAUACACCGCUAACAGGGCGCGGGUACCUGGGCCGACGGACGCCGCUGACGCCGGUGUCCGAGGCCACCAACAGCAUCGCGCGCCUCGCCAACUACCUGCGCCACACCAAGUCGGCGCCGAGCCACCACAUGACCCGGCUGUUCGCUGAACGUGGUGUUUCCGAAGAAGUGAUCAACACGAGCAUCAUCCAGCCCUGCAACCGCUGGAUGGAGCAGUUCUCCAACGCACUUCGAGAGACAAACUGCAGUGCGGAAACCAUCACGUUCCGCUGCAACAUGGUCACGUGUCUCUACUACAAGGUCUUCGAGCACAUCAUCAGGGAAGAGCAUAGGAAGAAACCGCACAUUUCGCUUCAGCUGCUAGUGACGCAGCAGACAUACCAACUAUCCCUGUUCGCGUGCUGCGCGGAGGUGGUGCUGCACGCGUACGGCGCGCACUCGCUGCGCUUCCCGCGCGUGCUGCGCGUGUUCCAGCUCAGCGCCUUCCACUUCUACAAGAUCAUCGAGCUCGUCGUGCAGGCCGCCAAGGACAACCUGAGUCGCGACCUCGUCAAGCAUCUUAACGCGGUUGAGGAGGAAGUACUAGAGUCGUUGGUGUGGACGUCGGACAGUCCGCUGUGGGAGCGGCUCGAGCAGGGCGCGAUACCGGCCUCUACCGACGUUUACAUUUCCGACUCGCCGCUGCGAAGAAGCAACGGUGGUAUGCAGUCCCCGGUGUCAACAGCGUUCGACCGCUUCCUGCUGCCCAUGGCCGACCACGCCAAGAAGCAGCUAUUCAAAGACAACAUCAAACCAGGGCAGUCACUAUUAGUACCAAACAGUAACGUAGUGAUCAAGCAAGAGCCUCAAACACCGACGCCACAGAAUUCGAACGCUCCCAGCGGUGAAACGACACCUAAUUCCACACCCAAGAAAGCCAACAACUCUCUAGUGCUAUUUUUCAGAAAGUUCUACAGCCUGGCAGUAGUCCGCAUGAACGACCUGUGCACUCGCCUUCGGCUCACCGACGAAGAGUUGAAGCGCAAGAUCUGGACGUGCCUCGAGCACUCCGUCAUGCACCAGACGCAUCUCAUGCGCGACCGCCACCUCGACCAGAUACUCAUGUGCGCCGUCUAUGUCAUAUGCAAGGUUUCAAACAAUGCUAACAAUCAAGUAGAGAGAACGUUUGCCGACAUCAUGCGGUGUUACCGACAGCGACCCCUGGCGGACAAUCAUGUUUACAGAUCAGUUUUGAUCAAGCAAAGUACUGGAGACAGUUCUCCUGAGAGAGGCGAUUUAAUCAACUUCUAUAACAAAGUGUAUGUGCAGUGCAUGCAGACUUUUGCACUUCGGUUUACUGGCAAGCAUAAAGAUGAGUGCAGCCUGUCGCCCCUGCCGGCCGGACGCGGCGACGCGCUGAGCUCGCCGGGCGGCCAGCGCGUGUCGGAGCGCCACCAGCUGUACGUGAAGCCGCUCGUCUCCCCGCCGCCCGGCCUCAACCAGCUCACCUACCGCUUCAGCCGCAGCCCCGCCAAGGAUCUGCACGCGAUCAACACGAUGGUGUCGUGCGAGGUGGGCGGCAAGCGCAUGAGCGACGCGGCGCAGGACGUGGUGAAGCGCGCACGGCUCGGCCUCGCCGCGCCCGGCGUCGCGCGCAAGCUGCAGGGACUCGUGUCCGACCGCCAGGCCGUGUGAGGUAUCAUCUGACCGCGAGGACUGCAGACAUAAGCUACGCUAUGAAUUUUGUCUUUAUUCUUCGGUAUUGCAAUAAGACUACCUAUUUUAUUUGAAUCGCAGAAGGCGGCAGAUAUUUUAUUUCUAUUGGAAUAAUAAACUAGCGAUCAUCUUAUUAUUUAUAAUCAAGUCUUUAUUUGGAAUACAAGCCAGAUACCGUAACUGAUUCUCUUUAGUGGCUUCGCUUGUAAAAUAAUACAUUUGACUUAUCAAACUAAGAAUCAAUUUUGAAAGUUAACCAAGUGUAGAAUUGACGUUUAGUUUAACCUUUUAUCCUUUUUAUUUGUUAGCCCUGUGGCUGGCCCAAAGUGGGUACUUGCGCUAGGGCAUUCGUCAGACGUCGGCAGUCGCGGUGAACUGACACUCAUCAACCAUAUUGAUCUCAUCUCUUUUAUUUAUGUUGGUUAUGAUUUUAAAUAUGCCAUAAAUAGUCUAAACUUGCUCAUUGCUAAUGUAAACUACGAUUUAAGUUAAGAUUUGAGGAAAUGGCUGUGUCAGAUCAGGUUAGUACAUAAGUCCAUGUAUUUCCGAUUCUUUAAUUACCGGCGACUGUUCCGAUAGCCUUCACAAUUAUUUUUUUAUGAUGUACUUGUAUUUUUAGGUAUAACUGACAAACUGCAAUAUGCGUCGCCAUCAAAUCGAUUUGUAUUUUAUUUAAGACGAUCACAAUUUAUUACACAAAAAUUAGUUUGUAGUGACUUGACUAAGGAUGGUAUUCCAUGUGUCCAAUAUCUUGGUCCAAUGUGCAUUGCGUGUCUCACUCUCUCAUUAAGCAAAAUGUAAGACGCAAAUACACAUUGGACCAAUAUAUUGGAAUACCACCCUAAUAAACGAGACAAUCAAACUAAUAGAUAUGUAAAGCGGAACCACGGAAAAACAAAAACAGGGAAGCGAAAUGAGCUUGGGUCACUAUAGGAACCGGUGUCGCCAAAACUUGGGCCAUACUAUCUUAUUACAAAAGAGAUUAUGAGCCAUCGCCCGUCACGAUAAUUUGAACUUUAUAAACAAAGAAACCUUUUCGACGCCGUGUUAAACACAAAAGCUGUCACUCGUGACGCCACGUCACCGAAGUGUCAAAACUGAAAUUGAACUUUAUGCACAUGCACGUAGGUCUAUGUUGCUCUGUGGUCUUUGACCGAUUAAUCCGUCUUUGGCGUUGGACCUGCGGUGCCGAUAUAACCGUCAUUGGCGUCCAAAAUGUUAAAUUGACACCUUUUGACCUACCCAAAACUUAAUUAAGGGACGGCUUCUGAGCCCCUCUACAGUUUACACGUUCCCUAUACAAGUGUUCUACUUGGACGUUACGAAUUCUCGUUCGACUUACACGUCUAUUUGUUGAGCUGUCUCUACCAAUAUAAAUAAUGUUUUAAACAUAAAUGUAUACUUUUCUUUAUAUUAAAAUUGAAAGAUUACCUAUCAUGCGCUCGCUGGAUGGAAUCGUAAUUUCGGCGAAAUUUAUUUAAAUUGCUUCCAUGUUGAUUUAAUUAUUUUUUAGUAUUAAACAUAGAAUACAGUAAAAAUCAAAUUUGUUAUAACUUUAAUCAAAAUUAAAUGAUUAUGUAUAUUUCGGACAUAACCAUUCUAUCAUGUAUUGUAUGAAGAGUACUAUUAUGUAUUUAAGGUUAGUAAAAGAUGUGUAUGUAAUAA